UUCAGUACAGCACCAUUUCCGUUAAAUUGAACGUUCCAGAACGAAAAAACAUAGCCGAACGCAGCCAUGUUGUUUGCUAAGUAUGUGACAAAUAUAAUUUGAUUAGGUGACGUCAGAGUAUAUAUGAAAGAAGUCGGAGCUCAAGGUAGACGAGUUUCCCUCAAAUUAUUACGAGUCGGAGAGGCGUUCAUGUGGAUUUUUCAGUCAUAUGCUCGUAUUUACAAGACGCUAUGAACGCAGCAUCGUCUCGCGCAUGUGGAUUGAAACGCCCCUCAGACGAUAAAGCUGAUAGGUCGGGAUGGGAAUUUUGCGACCCCCCCCACUCAGCAAACUCUUCGUAAUAACAUUGCUUUGUAAACACAUUUACAAUCUGUUAUUUUCGUUGAUGCGGCGUGUGAAAUAUCUGUAGGAAGAAAAAUUCGAUGGGCGCGGUGUUCAGGUAAGAGCACGCAUCAACAGGACUAGUGAAAAGCUGUAAAACCGGAUGGAAUUUACUGUCAAUUCGUGAAUGUUUUAAUCAUGUGACAGCCUGUCCAUUUCGUUGCUACCAGUCAAGCGAGAGGUAGCGAGAGAGACCAGCCAUCCUGCCGACAAUGUGGAAGACGAGGGGCCAUAAAAAGCAAAUCCCCUAAAGUGGAAACCGCUAUGAAACCAACCCGUAACACCUGGGGACAAGAUGACGUUUUGCCUUACCUGAAAGGAUAAAUAACAGCUAACUUUGACUCUCGCAACCCUCGAGAAGCGUAUUCGAAGAAUCGGAGAUAAUGGUGGCUCUUUCAUCGGUUUUAACGCCACUUGCUCGGUAUCUGCACAGACAUCUCAUAAAGCAAACCAAAGGUCAACGUUUGAUCCCUGUGAGAAGAUGCAACCUCACCGCAUGUUCAAGCAAAUAUGUGCUUUCUGCCUUGCAUCCAAUGUGGCAGGGACCACUCGUUGCUCCAGGGGGUAACAGACAAUCUCCUAUCGAUAUUCGGGUGCGUAAGAGCGUUUUUGAUCCUCACCUCAAGCCGCUGACCCCGGAUUACGACCCCGGGACGUGCUCACAGAUAUGGAACAAUGGGUACUCAUUCCUGGUUGAGUACGACGACACCACCGACAAAUCCAUACUUAAAGGGGGUCCUCUGGAGGAUAACUUCCGGCUGUGUCAGUUCCACUUCCAUUGGGGGGAGAGCAACGCGUGGGGCUCCGAGCAUACAGUGGACCGCCGCCUCUUCCCUGCUGAGCUCCACAUGGUCCACUGGAACUCUAAUAAGUACAGCCGGUUUGAGGAAGCUGUGAUGGAGGAGAAUGGACUGGCUGUUAUCGGGGUCUUCCUCAAGAUAGGGAAGAGACACGAGGGACUGCAGAAACUAGUGGAUGCUCUACCUGCUGUCAGACACAAGGACAGUGUUGUUGAGUUCACUAGGUUUGACCCAGCCUGCCUACUGCCUGCUAACAUUGACGAUUACUGGACGUAUGCAGGGUCACUUACCACUCCUCCUCUGACUGAGGCAGUGACCUGGAUUAUCAUGAAGCAGCACAUCGAAGUCAGCCAUGACCAGCUGGCAGUGUUCCGGAGCCUUCUCUUCACCUCAGCAGAGGAGGAGGUGCAGAAGAGCAUGGUCAACAACUUCCGCGUGCAGCAGCCCCUGAGUGGCCGCACUGUGCGGUCCUCGUUCACCCCCUUCCUGCAGCAGGAGCCACCUGUAAAAGGUCCACACACAGGCCACUGACCGGAGCCUGGGCAGGCAAUAAGGACCUGGUUCCAGGACCCAUAACGCCACACCAGACCUAGUCGGCACCUUUUGAAGACCAACAGAAUGGGGCCAGGGUGUGGAUGUUUAGAUAUGUUAGGAAACAUGGUUAGACAUGGUUAAACAUUAGAAACUUCAGAGUGUUUUCUAUCCAUUAUCUACUAACAAUAUGCAUAUCUUCUGGGGAUGAGUAGCUGGCAGUUGAAUUUGGGUAUGCUUUUCAAGUGUGAAAAUGCUGCUCCCUAUCCUAGAGAAGUUAAUUAGACCUUUUCCUUUCAUUUUCUAACCACCAUCUUGAAUUGUAUGGUCAGAGGAAAGGGGUCCACAGGCCUUCAUAAGAAUGACAUUUUACAUUGACAUUUUAGUAAUUUAGUAGACACCUUUAUGAAAAGUGAUUUACAGUAAGUGUAUUAACCUGAAGAUAGCUAGGUGAGAACCACAUCACAGUACAUUGUUCCUCAAUACAGAAGUUAUAGAGCAGAUUCGGUGCUAAUCGGAAAAGACAAGUGUACGCCUUUUAAAGGGAAAGGGGGGAUACCUAGUCAGUUGUCCAACUGAAUCUAUUCAACUGAAAUGUGUGUUCCACAUUUAUGAGGAUAAAACAGAUGUCUUUAAGAUGCUCUUUGAAGAGGUAGGGUUUCAGUUGUUUUCGGAAGAUGGGCACGGAUUCUGCUGUCCUAGUUUCAGUGGGUGGAUUCUCAUGCUCUGAAUGCAGAGUUGAUAGCUAUGUGGUCACGAACAUAUUCAGACUCUAAUCGCAUGUUCGUUUAAUUCCCCCAUUUGUUAUACACAGUUCUAAGAGCAGGUUCUCAAACUCUCCCACACAAUAAUGGGAAACCUGCAUCCCAUUUUUAUAUCCCCUUCCUACCGCUUCCGCUAGAUGUCAACAGUCUUUAGAAAUUGGUUGAGGUUUUUUCCUUUGUGUAAUGAAGAAGUACGGCCAUUUUGAAUGAGGGUCACUUGUUGUGUACUGUUUGUUAGAGACGCGUGACCAGAAAGCUAGCUACAGUUUGUUUUAAUCCUGUAUUGAACACAGAUCAUCCUGUCUUCAAUUUUAUCGAUUAUUUACGUUAAAAAAUACCUAAAGUUGUAUUACAAAAGUAGUUUGAAAUAUUUUGGCAAAGUUUACAGGUAACUUUUGAGAUAUUUUGUAGUUACGUUUCACAAGUUGGAACCAGUGUUUUUCUGGAUCAAACGCGCCAAAUAAAUGGACAUUUUGGAUAUAUAUCGACGGAAUUAAUCGAACAAAGGGACCAUUUGUGAUGUUUAUGGGACAUAUUGGAGUGCCAACAACAGAAGCUCGUCAAAGGUAAGGCAUGAAUUAUAUUUUUAUUUCUGCGUUUUGUGUUGUGCCUGCAGGGUUGAAAUAUGCUUCUCUCUCUUUGUUUACUAUGGUGCUAUCCUCAGAUAGGCUUUUUGGCAAAAGCAAACGAUGCUACUAUUUGAAUUCUGACAUGUUGGCUGGAUUCACAACCAGUGUAGCUUUAAUUUGGUAUAUUUCAUGUGUGAUUUAAAGAAAGUUUGAUUUUUAUAGUAAUUUAUUUGAAAUUGGCGCUCUGCAUUUUCUCUGGCUUUUGGCCAAGUGAGACAGUAGCGUCCCGCCUAAACCCAGAUUUUUGGAUAUAAACAUGAACUUUACCGAACAAAACAAACAUGUAUUGUGUAACAAGAAGUCCUAUGAGUGUCAUCUGAUGAAGAUCAUCAAAGGUUAGUGAUUAAUUAUAUCUCUUUCUGCUUUUUGUUACUCCUCUCUUUGGCUGGAAAAAUGGCUGUGUUUUUCUGUGACUUGGCUCUGACCUAACAUAAUCGUUUGGUGUACUUUCGUCGUAAAGCUUAUUUGAUUUCUGACAUGUUGGCUGGAUUCACAACACGUGUAGCUUUAAUUUGGUAUAUUUCAUGUGUGAUUUAAAGAAAGUUUGAUUUUUAUAGUAAUUUAUUUGAAUUUGGCACUCUGCAUUUUUACUGGCUUUUGGCCAAUUGGGACGUUGGCGUCCCACAUAUCCCAGAGAAGUUAAAGAUCAUUUCUUCAUCUCUUGGUUUUGUUCUUUGUUUUAACAGUAUAUUUUUUAGACCAAAAGACAAAAAAAGACAAGAUACUGAAAGUGUCAACAGGAACUUGCAGCUUGAGGAUAUUCUCUCAGAACUUUCAUCCAGCCGCUCUUCAUCGCCCUCAAAUCUUUUUGUUUAUGUUUGGUUUAUCAGAUGUUUCAAUCAGUUCCUCAUAGAUAGGGUUUUAGAACUAGGAAGUCCUCUCUGUGAUGUGAAUGGAAGAUCUUGGCUUUAACAGUAAUUAGCUCCUUGAAACAUGAAAUUAGGAUAGUCCAGGCUCUUUGUUAUGAGUAUGGUUGGCAGUAUAUUGGGCACUCCUUAUGCCAGUAUGUUUUGUUCAUAGGAUAGUCACACAUUGUUUUGAACUGAAGAAAAUAACUUGUUUGUUCAUUGUUUUCAGUCAAUCUGAAACCAAGUUAUUUUCUUCAGUUCAAAACAAUGUGUCGCUCAAUACGGAACUGGUCAGAUGACCUGUAUGCUACACUACAGGACUGUUUUGCGAGCACAGACUGGAAUAUGUUCCGGGAUUCAUCCAAUGGCAUUGAGGAAUACACCACCUCAGUCACUGGCUUCAUCAAUAAGUGCAUAGACGACUUCGUCCCCACAGUGACUGUACGUUCACAUCUCAACCAGAAGCCAUGGGUUACAGGCAACAUCCGCAUCCAGCUAAAGGCUAAAGCUGCCGAUUUUCAAGGAGCGGGAGACUAAUCUGGAUGCUUAUAAGAAAUCCUGCUAUGCCCUCAGACGAACCAUCAAACAAGAAAAGCGUGAAUACAGGAUUAAGAUUGAAUCCUACUACACCGGCUCUCGGAUGUGGCAGGGCUUGAAAACUAUUAUGGACUUCAAAGGGAAAACCAGACGAGAGCUGCCCAGUGACGCGAGCCUACCAGACGAGCUAAAUGCCUUUGAUGCUCGCUUCGAGGCAAGCAACACUGAAGCAUGCAUGAGAGCACCAGCUGUUCUGGAUGACUGUGUGAUAACGCUCUCGGUAGCCGAUGUGAGCAAGACCUUUAAACAGGUCAACAUUCACAAAGCCGCUGGGCCAGACGGAUUACCAGGACGUGUACUCAAAGCAUGCGCGGACCAACUGUCAAGUGUCUUCACUGACAUUUUCAACCUAUCCCUGACCGAGUCUGUAAUACCUACAUGUUUCAAGCAGACCAGCAUAGUCCCUGUGCCCAAGGAAGCGAAGGUAACCUGCCUAAAUGAUUACCGCCCCGUAGCACUCACGUCGGUAGCCCUGAAGUGCUUUGAAAGGCUGGUCAUGGCUCACAUCAACAGCAUCCUCCCGGAUACCAUAGACCCACUCCAAUUCGCAUACCGCUCCAAUUCGCAUACCGUACCUAGUCCCCUUUUGUAUUUCCUGUUCACUCACGACUGCGUGGCCAACAACGAAUACAACACCAUCAUUAAGUUUGCUGAUGACAUAACAGUGGAGGGUCCGAUCACCGACAACGAUGAGACGGCCAAUAGGGAGGAGGUCAGAGAACUGGCAGUGUGGUGCCAGGACAACCUCUCUCCCUCAAUGUGAGCAAGAAAAAGGAGCUGAUCGUGGAUUACAGGAAAAGGCGGGCCGAACAGGCCCCCAUUAACAUCGACGGGGCUGUAGUGGAGCGGGUCGAGAGUUUCAAAUUCCUUAGUGUCCACAUCACCAACGAACUAUCAUGGUCCAAACAUACCAAGACAGUCGUGAAGAGGUCACGACAAAACCUUUUCCCCCUCAGUAGACUGAAACGAUUUGGCAUGGGCCACCAGAUCCUCAAAAAGUUCUACAGCUGCACCAUCGAGAGCAUCCUGACCGGUUGCAUCACCGCCUGGUAUGGCAACUGCUCGGCAUCUGACCGUAAGGCGCUACAGAGGGUAGUGCGAAUGGCCCUGUACAUCACUGGGGCCAAGCUUCCUGCCAUCCAGCACCUAUAUACUAGGCGGUGUCAGAGGAAGGCCCAUAAAAUUGUCAGAGACUCCAGUCAGCCAAGUUAUAGACUGUUUUCUCUGCUACAGUAUGGCAAGCGUAGCGGAGCGCCAGGUCUAGGACCAAAAGGCUCCUCAACAACUUCUACCCCCAAGCCAUUAGACUGCUGAACAAGUCAUAAAAAUCGCCACCGGACAAUUUACAUUGACACCCCCCCUCUAGUACACUGCUGCUACUUGCUGUUUGUUUGUUACCUUUGCAUAGUCACUUCACCGCCACCUACAUAUACAGAUUACCUCAACUAGCCUGUACCCCUGCACACUGACUCGGUACCGGUGCCCCCUGUAUAUAGCCUCUUUAGUCUUACUGUGUUACUUUUUAUUAUUACUUUUUAUUUUAGCCUACUUGGUAUAUAUUUUCUUCUUGAACUGCACUGUUGGUUAAGGGCUUGUAAGUAAGCAUUAUACGGUAAAGUCUACACUUGUAUUCGGCGCAUGUGACAUUUGAUUUGAUUAUUGAUAUAUCAGUCCAAAUCACAUUACACACAGAGACCAUGGGAAUGGGGACUGUCGUUCUCUUGAUUUUUCAAUAGACUUGCUGAAAUGUUCAAAUACUGCAUGCAGUGAAUGUUAGGCUACUUCCAGGUAACUUUGCCUUCAUCUCAGAUAAUGUGAGCUUCCAACACAGUAGAGCUUGUAUAACAUUCAUUCAGUUGUGUCAUUGUUUUCACCUAUCCUCACUGCUUUGAGGAUCACUGUUUAUGGGACUCCUUAUCCUAAUAACAACACUCUCAACAAACAAAAGUGUUCCAUGCCUCAGAUCCUCUCUGUGCCCCUGCUGACAGGCCUACUAUGGGCUCCAUUCAGAGGAUGGAAUGAUUAUUUUCCCUUCUUGAUGUAGACCAGCCCUGAAAUUGAGGUCAGUCCCACCCUUAGAUUACCUGCCAGGAGAAAAAGCAGAACCUCCACAUCUGGAGGCAGCAGCACCUUCAUCAAAGAAUCCUGACGUGACCCUGUCCUCCACAAACAUCAAAACAGUGACUCGCUCCUGCAGAUUCAUGCUCUACAACCCUCAAACUCAACUCUGGACCUCGAAGCCAGUUCCACUGCUUUUUAAAGUGGUUCUCCUUUAAUCAGGGACUGAUUAAUUAUCAGAUAGAACUGGUGCAAUUAAUUAUCAGGUAGAACAGAAAACCAGCAGGCUCUGGACCUCGUAGGAAGAGCUGAAUACCCCUACUCUACAACAUCCCUAGAGUACGACCUUUCCUCACACAGGAAGUGGCGCAGGUCCUAAUCUAGGCACUUGUCAUAUCCCAUCUGGACUACUGCAACUCUGUGGGCUGGGCUCACCGCUUGUGCCAUCAAACUCAACCUGCAACCUAUCCAGAAUGCCGCAGCCUGUCUGGUGUUCAACCUUCCCAAGUUCUCCCAUGUUCUCCCAUCGAAGCUCGCGUCCACGACAAGACCAUGGUGCUUGCCUAUGGAGCAACAAGGGAAACUGCGCCUCCCUACCUUCAGGCAAUGCUCAAACCCUACAUCCCAACCUGAGCACUCCGUUCUGCCAUCUCUGAUCUUUUGGCUGUCCCAUCGCUAUGGGAGAUCAGCUUCCGCUCAGCCCAGUCAAAACUCUUCUCUGUCCUGGCACCCCUAAGGUGGAACCAGCUCCCCCCUGAUGCUAGAACAGAAGAGUCCCUGCAUAUCUUCCAAAAACAUCUGAAGCCCUACCUUUUCAAAGAGUAUGUUAAAUAAGAUGUUUCAGUCGCCCCCCCCCCACCCCCCCACCCCCACCCCCCAAAAAAAAACAACAACCUUGCACUUGUCUUUUUCUACUGGCAAUAACUUUGCUGGUAACUUCUUUAUUGAGGAAAAAUGUACUUACGAUGACUGUGAUGUGGUGGUCUCACCUAGCUAUUGUCAUGUUUGGAGAUUUGCUGGUCUUGUCCACUCAGUGUAGAUAGCUAAUGGUCAUCUGCAGACUGAAGAGCCUAACAAUUAGCAAGCUGAAUUAAACUAACGUUACUGUACUGUAGCUGCCUAAUCUCUUGUAUCUACACAGACCUUGUGUGGACGGUGUGGGAAGGUCUACGACAGGGAUCAUCAACUAGAUUCAGCCGUGGGCCGAUGUUUUUGUUUGUUUGUUGAGUGGAUGUUUGGGGGGCCGGAACACAAUUACAAAUAAUUUGUAGACUGCAAAUUGACUGCAAGAAGCCCAAACAGAAUGUUUGACGAAAACAUAAUCAUAUCAAACCUUGCUUACAUUUGUAUAUUAUCACGUGUCUCUCUAUUAUACUUGAGAACAGAUUUCUUAAAUUAAAGUCACUGAUUUCCUGUUGUUUUUACUGUCUUUUAUGUCCAACAAUGAAAAUAAAAAUAAAUACUUUUUUGCUCAGAAAACAUGGAGGGCCAAAUAAAACGCGGUCCGGCAGUUGGGGAACCCUGGUCUAUGACAACCUUAUAUCUUGUUUUAGGAUGUUUAUUGCAGUCAAUCGCAUUUAGUUACAGUUGAGCUUCAGCACAGAUCACACAGCACAGUGUCUCCAUACUGGGGCCAUACAACAAAACUGAAGGCAAACUGUCAGUUACAUAGUAUGGCAAUGUGGGGCUGAUAGAUGAUUGGCCAACACUACUUCCAAUCAAUCCACCCAGUAGGCGGGGCAUAAAAGAGCAUAACUGCAUUCACAACACUAUCCCCUCCAGAGGCCUCUACACUGACUUUCAUAUGUGCUCCUCAGUAAAAUAAAUGAGUAGCACACAAAGACAUUUAAGAGCAGAAUGAAAGUAUUUGAGGAAGAGUUUUUAUGAUAAAUGACUAAAAGUUAAUGAAAAGGUUUUUGGGGUGUUCCAUGAUCAAUAUAGUGAACUUAGGUGACACAACAAUGUUCAGCUGCCCCUUUAAGGGUCUGGCUGUUACCAUGGUAAUGGUGGGCCUCAGAUGUCUGUCUUUGAGAGAUGAUGUAGAGCUAACCAGCUUGUAGUCCUUAAACCCGGAAAUUAGUUACCGCUGGUUCGUUCAGCCAUUCCUAUGAGGGAAAUUAAUGGGGAAAGAAUAGGGUUUUGGGAUAAACGCCGAAAAAAAGGUCCGAGGUUAACACAGGCUUAGGAGAUCUUAUACAUUUUGUUCUAUGACAUAACAGUCAGUUAACAUGACCUUAAUCAAUUAUGAAGCCUUGUGCUUUUUUUUUUUUUUUUACAUAAAUGCUUCAAAAUUAACAAAAAAUGAAAGCUGGUGAAAAAUAUCUCAUAGAACAAAACGUAUAAGAUCUCCUAUGCCUGUGUUUACCAGAGAGCUUAUUUUCGGCAUUUAUCUUAAAAUGCUACAAAAAACCCAUAGGCUUUGUCCAAUGAACCAUGGCGUAGUUGGGUGGGCACAGCGCCCCAAGCACUAUUGCUGCAUGAGACUGUGAGAUGUAUAGGACUCUGUAGUUUUUUGUGUGAUUAGCUACCAGCUAUGAAACAAAAUGGCAAUCACAACUCGCAAGUGCUCAUACUUGAUUUUUUUCAGUUCGCAAACAUCUAUUUUUAGGCGCAUGUGCAAGUAAAUCGGUCGCACUGUAGCCCUGCUCCAGCAGUGCCGAAAAAGGCAGGAACAAUAAAACAUUUUCUAAAAACACUUUGUAGAGUAAACAGUUAAAGCUAUAAAGAACAAUAGGUAAGUAAACAUUACUAGUGAAUCCUGAAUGUCCUGUUCAAAUAUUCAACAUAUGCAAGGCAACAAUACAACAGUUCUUAGUUUAGGGUCCUGAGUUCACUAAUCUGUUUUCUUUCAUGUCCAGUCAUUUAUUUAAAAUAGCCUCUCAGCCCGGCUGAGCUGAAAAGAGCAUGACAAAACCACUUUAAGUUUGGUGGGUGGGGUGUGUCAUGGAAGUCUUUGUCAGGAUGCAGCCGCUAUCUGGUUGGCGCUUUCCUGACAGUAUGGACUGGGGGUUCUCCACUGUAGUGCCUGAGAUGUCAGGAAGAAUGUUCAGGAACACACAAGGUUCAGUGAGGGUACACUACUUCUCUUCACCUUUGGCUGGCUGAAGCACAGGUCUGGUGGUGCCUGUGUCGAGGCCCUUGGUACCAGAAGAGGAGUGGCGGCUCGGACCAGUGUUGAGGGUGAGGACCUUGGCGCAGGCAGCAGGGUGGUGGCCUUGCCCUGUGUCGAGACCCACGCUGCUGGGCUCAGCGCAGCUAGGGUCACUGCCACUGGGGUCACCAUCACUGGGGUCAUCGCCGCUGGGGUCACCGUCUCUGUGGACACCGCCACUGGGGUCACCAUUGUUGGGCUGGUCACCGCUGCCGGGAUCACUGCCGCUGUGGUCACCAUUGUUGGGGUCACCGCUACUGGGGUCACAGUCGCUGGGCUGGUCACCGUUGCAGGAGGGCUCACCGUUGCCGGGGUGCACUUUUGCUAGGGAGCUCACCGUCGCUGGGGACACCGUUGCCUCCCUCGCUCCUCUGGUUUUGCUGCUGGGACUGGGAAGCUGAUAGAAAAGCAGUACUGCACCUUCCUCAGGGCUCGACAUGAACCCUUGUCCUCUUGUCUGGGACAAGUACAAAAAAACUAAAAUCAGACAAGAAGAAUAUACAUUCAAGUAAAAAAACAAAAAUCACAAUAUCAAAAAAUUACUCGGAUCAGAAUUGUAUCAAUGGAAUAAUAUUCAAAUCUAUUUUUCAUAAAUGUACAUAAAUAAAAAAGCCUUGGCUACAUGACAAAGUGUAGGUGAUAUGCAUAGGCCUAUUGGCUACAGCCUAAUGUCCGUCCAAACCGAUGCUGAAAAGUUAGCCAAACUUUAAUAAGCCUUUUAAUUACAUAAAUAUAGGCUAAACGCCUGACAUGUUUUACAAAUAUAAUGAAUGAUGAUUAACAUUAAUGUCUAAAGGCUUGAUUUUGUCGACACAGGCCUACUCAAGGCACAGCUUGUUCAGAUCAAAUGGCCAAACGGCUGGAGAGUGAAGGACAGUGCAUGCCCUGUUGCUCACUAAACAUCACCCACCUUGAAUCUGAGGGGAGGCGGUCAGCAUUUUUUUACUUUUUAACUAUAAACUUAAUUGUUUAAAACAAGGACGUUCUAUUUCAUUUCAUGCAGCGUGUUUUACCUUAUUUCAAAGCAGCAUAAACACAAUACAACCACAGAAAUGUUGAAGGAAUUAUUUUAUGAACACUUAAUAUGCCAUUGAAACCAGCAUUUUUCUCAUGUUCUAUUGGUUUUCAAAUCAAGGUUAUUUUAUUGUCCAGCAGCCAAUGGCAUAAUCCUAGUGAUAUUAGUAACCAGUGGAUCUGGGCCGAUUCCGGCUGAGAGUCGAGGCACACCGCUGAGAGUCAGACUCGGCCGACGUCAUGUGGCCCGAGUCUGGGCCGUCUUCGGCAGUUUUACUUAUGGCUAGGCUGCGGGGAUUGAGCUCGGGCAGAUUCCGGUGUGAGUUAUCUGGCCCAAAUGUAUUACUUGGGGCUCGGGCUGAUUGAGGCUACUCUCUGGCAGAUGAUUACACGGGCUGCUUUAUAUAAUUAACAUUUCAUUAUUUAUUUUUCCAUAUUUUCUAAUUGUUUCUGUGAUCAAAAAUACAAUGAACAAUGAAAUUAAAUUCUUUAAGAGUCCUGUGUAGUAUUUUAGUAUUUUGAUACUUUGUGCAAGGCAAUUGAUAAGCAUUAAACACUUGUGUCGCUGCGGUCUAAAACACUGCAUUGCAGUGCAAGCUGUGUUGCUACAGAUGCUGGUUUGAGACCCGUGCCGGCUGUGACCGGGACACUCAUGAGGUGACGCACAAUUGGCCCAGCGUCGUCUGAGUUAAGGGAGGGUUUGGCCGGCCGCGAUGUCCUUGUCCCAUCGCGCUGUGGCGGGACAGGCGCACGCACGCUGACACGGUCAACAGGUGUAUGGUGUUUCCUCCGACCCCCAAUUUUUUUUUUUGUGGAUCGGUAUUGUAAUAUUUGUGUUGUGGAGAAAUGACCAGGCAAGAGACGGGAGUACAGUUCGUUUUCGAUUAGUCAAAACCUCUCGUGCUCUACAGCCCCCGGCACAAUAGUGCGCAUGUGCAUUUCCUAUUAGGUGUAGUAACAUAACACUGCCGUAAUACAUUACUGCUUAGUAACAGCAUAGUAACUAAUAUAAACAGAUGUAGAUCACAGAUACUACAGGUAUAAUUUGUAUGUAUACUAGUAAUAUUUAAAAUUACUAAAUCAGGUAAUUGUGUAUACAUGUAUUUAAAUUUGCAUCGGGACGAUUCUGGGGUGAUUCUGGUAAAAUGUUGGCAAAGUUGCCUGAAUUCCGGUAGACAGAAACAGCCCGAUUCUAGGCAGUCAUUAAUUUUGAUUCAGGCCGAGUCCGACACCCGAUUCUGGGCCGAUUCAAUCAGUUCCUGGGCCGAUUCCUCAUUGCUAGCUGGGAACCCAUGCUAGUUGAUGCAUCUUAAAAUCUCCUAUCUUUCUUAAUUUCUAACAUAUAUUUUAAUCUGUCACAUGAAACAGUUUGCGCAUGAGGUGCAAUUUUGAGAAAACAAGUUUUUCCAACUAAUUGCAUUUUGGAAAAUUCACAGGUAGCCUACAGCCAGGUGCACAUUAUUGAGUUUAUAACAUAUAUUGCUAAGGUUAUAAUAUGAAGAAAUACAACUUUAUCAACAUUUUAAGCUAAAUGGUCUGAUCUGUUGCAUCAGUGUCACGAUCGUCUUCCUGAAAGAGAGUGGACCAAGGCGCAGCGUGUGAAAAUUGCAUCUUUAUUUUGGAAGAGAGAAAACACGAAACGAACACUAUACACAAACUAACAAAACAACAAACGACCGUGAAGCUAAAUAACGUAAGUGCACAGACAAGCAACAAACGUUCAACAUAGACAUAGACAAUUACCCACAAAAGCCUAAAGCCUAUGGCUGCCUUAAAUAUGGCUCCCAAUCAGAGACAACAAUAAACAGCUGUCUCUGAUUGAGAACCAAAUCAGGCAACCAUAGACUUUCCUAAACACCUACACUGAACACAACCCCAUACAUACUAAUAACCCCUUAAACAAUACACACACCCUAAACUAGACAAAACACAAAGACAACCCACCCCAACUCACGCCCUGACCAACUAAAUAAAUAAAAGAAAAAGGAACAAUAGGUCAGGAACGUGACAAUCAGCCUCAUUGCUUUUUAUAUUUUUGUUGUCUCAGAAUGGUUCCAGAGACUGUUUUGAACCGUAGACAUUUUUCGACAGGAAGACAUACAUUUCGGGCCCUUCUCAAAAUUGGAAAGAUGUUUUGACUUUGUGGCGGAGUUAUCUAGUGGAAAUCGGGUCACGCGGCAAAUGUAGAAAUCUCUCUGUUUUUUCCUGGCUGCUGAAAUUCUACACUGUUCGCUUAACUUCAAUGUUAAUAUUGUAGGGAAUCAUUGUACCAUCUAAGUCGCUGUGAAAUAUAUUUUCAAUUACAAAAAAUCUCAUUUUUACAGCUGUGUGAAGCUGUAACUGAAAGUAAAAGGCUCAAGCACGUUACUAAUGUUACAGGGAAAUGGGAUGCAGCGGGAUGGGGAGAUUUGUUUUGAAUUCAUCCUAGUGCUGUUGCAAUUCACCUGCUUCCACAUAGGGCACAAAUUAUAUUUGUAUUUAUUUAACUAGGCAAGUCAGUUAAGAACAAAUUCUUAUUUACAAUGACAGCCAAACCCUACCACGGACGACACUGGGUCAAUUGUGCCCCAUUGGACUCCCAAUCAAAGCUGGUUGUGAUACAGCCUGGAAUUUUUUUUAUUUUUUUUAUUUUAUUUUUUUACCUUUAUUUAACUAGGCAAGUCAGUUAAGAACAAAUUCUUAUUUUCAAUGACGGCCUAGGAACAGUGGGUUAACUGCCUGUUCAGGGGCAGAACGACAGAUUUGUACCUUGUCAGCUCGGGGAUUUGAACUUGCAACCUUCCGGUUACUAGUCCAACGCUCUAACCACUAGGCUACCCUGCCGCCCCAAAUUGAACCAGAGUCUGUAGUGAUGCCUCUAGCACUGAGAUGUAGUGCCUUAGACUGCUGCGCUACUCGGGAGCCCCCUAUGUGUAGCACCUUUAACGAAUAGAGAUUGUCUGUAAAAACAUGACCAAAAGAACUCGGACCAGAUUUCUGUCCUGACUGUUUCAUUUGGUGGAAGAAUUGAUUUGUAUGAGCUUACUUAUCAAAAUAAUAAGUUGUUAUAAUACUGUAUGUUGAUAAAUGUUUUAUACAAGCAAUAAGGCACGCGAGGCAGUGCUGUAUCCUGAAUACAGUCACAGGUAAAUGGGUUGACUGGGCCUCAAGCGUGGGCCGAACAAAGCCAUUUAGGCUACAUGUGACUGUAUUCACGACACAGCAUGCCUCUUGUGUCUUAUUGCUUAAUUAAGAUGCUACAUCUGUAUUAAGAAAGCAGUUGGUGAGGACGUUUGCUAGCUUUGUUAGAUAUCAAUGUGCAUGAUAUCUAACAAAGCGGAGUGAGGCUAGGAAAGAAAAGGUUCAUCCAGGUCAGAUUUGUGCUUUUUUAUCUGUACAUGAUCAGACAGAGGCAGAUUUUAAGGUUUCUAAAGCACAUACAAGUACCCACAAAUAUCAAAAUAUCACUUUUGUUUUAAAUGACACCGGUUCCACACAUUCCUGUGACAUUCAAGUUGCGUUGGAAAAUAUGAUUUAUAUUUUAUUCUGUUAUAUACCAUUAUAUUCCUGCUAUAAAAUAUGUGGGUGUUGACUUUGAUCAGGGCAGGGGAAUGUAAGUGUCUUGUCUGUUGAAUUUCAUUUGCAUGGUGCUGCCAUGUAGCUCUAUGCUAGUAACAUAACUAAACUCAAAAUAAAUGUGAUUAGUCGUAUAAGGUUUCUUAGGACCUGCCUAAACAAAUUAAUAUUGAAUUUAUUUGUGAUGGUGUACAGUGCAUUCAGAAAGUAUUCUGACCCCUUCACUUUUUCCACAUUUUGUAACAUUAAAGCCUUAUUCUAAAAUGGAUUAA